CUUCAAACCCAAACACUUUGAAAUCACAAUCUAAUGGCAAAUUCACGUAUUGCAAGAUUCUUCAUGGAGGUAGCUCCACCACAGUAUGUUACCGUGAUGAGGCAUAGAACAUCAAAGAUGUUGGACACAAUAACUGAAGAUGAGAGGGAAAUUAGCACAAAUGAUUCUAUCAUUACACACCCAAAAAACCCAUCAUCAUCAUCAGCAGCAGCAGCAGCAGCAUCUUCUUCAGCUGCUUCUGCUGCUAUUGCAAAUGCUAAUAGCAGGUGCUUCCUGAAGGAAGUGCAUAGGUCGCUCUCUAUUUUGAAUCAGUGAAGCACUUAAUUGAGGCAGGCCCAACUAGAAAAAACAACCUUUGCAGCUGUUUCCAUAAGCCAUGCAAAGCUUCUAGCUAGUUCUUUUUGUCCAUGUAAUGCCCCUCUUGUUUAGGUAAUCAUUGUAUCAUAGUUCAAUGGGUUUGAAUUUCAUCAACAAGAGAGUAGUUGAGUGUAAAGAGACUUUGUCUGCCUGCCUUUGUUCUUGCUCUUCUAUUCUGCUGUACAGGCUCGACCUCCAAUCAAUGAGCUUAGAAUUUCCUCAAGUUUUGGCAUAACAUUAAAUUGCCAUAAAUGGAAGCAUCGACUAAAAGUUUUAUUCUUAGUCGCUGGCGUCUGUUGUUGUACCUGAGGAAAUGCAAAUUCAAGUCUUGUAUUGUUAUAUAAGUGGUUUAUUCAAUAUGUUUCUUCAACUAUUUUCCC